UUUGAAGGAAAAAACCAAAACAUCGUUAAACCCGUUUAUUCAUAUUCAUAUUCAGCGACCGAUAUUUGCAUAUGAACGUGUCAAUCUCCAAUAAUGUUUAGUCAUUGGCACAAACUGUCAACCACGUCACAUUAUUUCCCCCUUUUCAAUCGUCACUAAAAUUGGCAGAUUUUUUUUAUCUGCUGGUUGCUUUCAAUUUCUAUUGGUCAAAUCUCUCACACCCAUUUUCCACUGACCAAAUCCAUCCAAGUUGAAGGUGAAAUUAUUUUCCUACUUCGUCCAUUAGACUGAACAGCGGUUUGUCCUCUGUUGUUUUUCCGUUUUAGCUAACAAUUCCGCCUCGGUAAUAUUCAUCAUCAUGUCAUUGUUCGGUGAGGUUCCCCAAGCCACUCCAGUAGCGGUCUUCAAACUGUCGAAUGAUUUCAAAGAGGACCCGAACCCAAUGAAGGUGAACCUCGGUGUUGGAGCCUACAGGACAGAUGAGGGCCAACCCUGGGUGCUGCCUGUGGUUAAGAAAGUGGAGAAGCUCAUCGUAGCAGACAACCGUCUGAACCAUGAGUACCUCCCCAUCCUGGGUCUGCCUGAGUUUAGGUCCUCUGCAUCCAAGAUCGCCCUGGGAGAAGACAGCCCUGCCAUCCAGGAGAGCAGGGUGGGAGCGGUGCAAUGUCUGGGGGGUACAGGUGCUCUGAAGAUGGGGGCUGAGUUUCUCAGACGCUGGUACAACGGGAACGACAACAUGAAAACACCUGUCUACGUCUCAGCGCCAACCUGGGAAAACCACAACUCUGUGUUUGCCAACGCUGGGUUCAAGGACGUCCGUCCCUAUAAGUACUGGGACGCAGAGAAGCGGGGACUGGAUCUGGACGGUUUCCUAGGUGACCUGGAGACUGCACCAAAGCAUUCCAUCUUCGUUUUGCACGCUUGUGCCCACAACCCCACCGGCACAGACCCUACACACGUGGAGUGGAUGCAGGUGGCUGAGGUCAUGAAGAGGAGGAAGCUGUUUGUGUUCUUUGACUCUGCAUACCAGGGCUUUGCAUCAGGCUGUCUGGAUAAGGAUGCAUGGGCAGUGCGCAACUUUGUCACCCAGGGCUUUGAGAUGUUCUGUGCCCAGUCCUUCUCCAAGAACUUUGGCCUUUACAACGAACGUGUGGGGAACCUGACCAUCGUAGCUCGUGAUGCUGACAACGUGAGGAGGGUUCUGUCUCAGAUGGAGAAGAUUGUCAGGGUAACCUGGUCCAACCCUCCCUCCCAGGGUGCCAGGCUAGUCGCCAUCACACUCAACAGAGCUGAACUCUUCGCUGAAUGGAAGGAUAAUGUGAAGACCAUGGCAGACCGUGUGUUGUUAAUGAGGGCUUCACUCCAGGCUAAACUACAGGCUCUGGGAACACCAGGAACAUGGGACCACAUCACACAGCAGAUCGGCAUGUUCAGCUUCACUGGCCUCAACCCUAAACAAGUGGAGUACAUGAUCAAGGAGAGGAGUAUCUACCUAAUGGCCAGCGGUCGUAUCAACAUGUGUGGUCUGACCACUAAGAACAUCGACUAUGUGGCCAAGUCUAUCCACGAGACUGUUGUCAACGUCCAGUAGAAGACAACAAUACCAUUAGCACUGGCCCCUGUCCACCACCAGCAGUGUGUGUAUAAUGUAUUAGACCAAGGGGGAGCCAGGUACGGGCCACAUCCGGCCUGCAAGACAUUGAAAAAAUAAAUAUAUAUAUUUUUUUAUAAAUCUUUUUUUCCCCCCCAAUUUCAUGGUAUCCAAUUGGUAGUUAUAGUCUUGUCCCAUCGCUGCAACUUCCGUACGGACUCGGGAGAGGCGAAGGUCGAGAGCCGUGCAUCCUCCGAAACAUGACCCGACCGAGCCAACCGACCAUGACCCGACCGACUCAGAAGCCAGCUGCACCAAUGUGUCUGAAGAAACACUGAACACCUGGCGACAGUGUCAGUGCGCAUGCGCCUGGCCCGCCAAACGAGCCGCUAGAGCGCGAUGGGACAAGGAAAUCUCGGGCCUGCCAAACCCUCUCCUAACCCGGACGACGCUGGGCCAAUGCCUCAUGGGUCUCCCAGUCACUGCCAGCUGUGACACAGCCUGGGAUCGAACCCAGGUCUGUAGUGGCGCCUCAGGCACUGUGAUGCAGUGCCUUAGACCGCUGCAUCACUCGGGAGGCCCCCGCAAAUUAAUUUAACAAACAAUUGGUCCCCCCAAAAAUGCGGCUCUCUGUUGAAUUUCAAAAUCCCAAUUUGUCACUCGAGACAGUUUGCCCACCCCUGUGUUAGACCAAACACACAGAAGCCUCCUUCCUAACUCCCAGCGCCUGUCUACAGAUUAAUUCUAUUUUUACCCUUAAACUAAUGCACAAGGCAGCGUAACAGUUAAAGACAAGUCUUAAUCAUUUGUCUGUGUGGCUCUGUGUGUUUGUCAUCCCUGUGUGUUUGUCAUCCCUGUGUGUUUUCAUCAAUAAUCAAGAACGAUCCGGUUAGGAUGAUUCCAUUCCUAUUGUGAAAUGCACAUUCCUUAUUCCGUUUGACUUACCACCUGAAUACGUUUUAUAGGAGGAGUUGUUUGGGUCCACUUGAGAGCGAAUGUCGCAAAAUAUUAACUGUGACCCAAGUAAACAGUAUUUGACUUGGAAAAAGUACUAGAGUGAAACAAUCAAUUGACCAAAUCAGUCACGCACUAAAUAUAUGUAGGACGUUACAUUUACAAUCAUGUUUAUUUUAGUGCAACGGGACUUGAAGUAAAAAUCCUGUAUUACCUCAGACCUUAGCUGUAUGGAGCGCUCUGUUGGGGAAGCUGUUCUCAAAGUCCCGGGGUGCGUUCAGUAGGGACAAAUAGGAAUGUUCUCAGUCCCGGGGUGCGUUCAGUAGGGACAAAUAGGACUGUUCUCAAAGUCCCGGGGUGCGUUCAGUAGGGACAAAUAGGACUGUUCUCAAAGUCCCGGGGUGAGUUCAAUAGGGACAAAUAGGACUGUUCUCAAAGUCCCGGGGUGCGUUCAGUAGGGACAAAUAGGACUGUUCUCAAAGUCCCGGGGUGCGUUCAGUAGGGACAAAUAGGACUGUUCUCAAAGUCCCGGGGUGCGUUCAGUAGGGACAAAUAGGAAUGUUCUCAGUCCCGGGGUGCGUUCAGUAGGGACAAAUAGGACUGUUCUCAAAGUCCCGGGGUGCGUUCAGUAGGGACAAAUAGGACUGUUCUCAAAGUCCCGGGGUGCGUUCAAUAGGGACAAAUAGGACUGUUCUCAAAGUCCCGUGGUGCGUUCAGUAGGGACAAAUAGGACUGUUCUCAAAGUCCCGGGGUGCGUUCAGUAGGGACAAAUAGGACUGUUCUCAAAGUCCUGUGGUGCGUUCAGUAGGGACAAAUAGGACUGUUCUCAAUCAGAGCUAAAAUCCUGUUUUUCUUUUUGUUUUCAGCAUUUUAAUUAAGGGUCUGCUCAAUGUGGAUGUCCAAUCAGUCUGUUCUGAUGCUGUCUCUGUCUGUAGCAUUAUUAUUGCACUAUUAUCAGUAGCUACCAUCUCAAUGAUAUACAUGUAAUGUUCAAAAUUGCAGAAAUGAAAUGCGCUCACAGCUAGUGUCUGUAAGUGAAUACCUAUGUAUCUCAAGGGGACUGAAGCCUUGAAUAAACGUCUACACACCACCAU